GGAGACGCUGAGGCAGCUCCUGCUGCCAGGGAACUAGCGGUGGGGAGAAGAAAAAAAAAGAAGCGAAAUUGUCGCUGAGAGGAGCAGAAAUCCUCCAACUGCCGCGUUGUUUUCAGUGAUGUAGAGAAAAAGGACUGAGUUGCUCUUUAAUAAAACAGCAGGACCCAUGACCCUGACACGAGGUUCCUUCAGCUACUCCAAUGGCGAGGAGUACCACGGCGAAUGGAAAGAAGGUCUGCGUCAUGGCCUGGGACAGCUAACCUUCAGCGACGGGACGUGCUACACCGGACAGUUUGAGAACGGCCUCUUCAACGGCUGCGGGGUGCUGGUCUUCCCCGACAGCUCCAGGUAUGAAGGUGAAUUUGUGCAGGGCAAAUUUCAAGGCGCCGGCGUCUUCACUCGCUUCGACGGGAUGAGGUUUGAGGGCGAGUUUAAAGGCGGAUGCGUGGACGGCUACGGAGUGCUGACGUUUUCGGGCGGUGGCGGCGGCCAGGAGGGCCUGUUUGAGACCAACCAGCUGAUGAGGAGGGAGAACAGCCAGGGGGCCGUGCAGAGAGCGCAGGCAGCAGCCGCCAAGGCCCGAGCUCUGGCCAUGUGACCCGGACUACAUCACCCACAGUGCCCCACUUCCAGGAUCCCCCCCUCCUCUCGUGCCGUUACAGCUCAGUCUGAUCCCAAAUCAGCGGGAACAUCCUCCUCAGUGCCAACCACACAGUGCCAACAGGCUGCAGCUGAUCCACAAUCAGUGGAGGGUGAUGGAGGCGUCGCUGACUGCAGUUACUGAGUGCAAUUUCUGUCUUUUUUUUGGAGGUGCAAUCUAAUAAUAAUGUGCAAUUUCUGCCUUUAAGGCAAGAUCCCCCUUCCAGCGGAUUUUACUAUCUGGAGAUGAGACGCUGGCUGCCUUGUCUACAAGAGAGGCUUUGGGGGUCAAAGAGAGGCUCCGAACUGGAAGGGUUUAAUUCCAGAAAUACAUGCAAAGGACCUUUUUUUUUUUUAUUUAUUUUUUUAUUUUAUAAACGUAAAAUAGACAUCUUGUAGGCAAAAAGUCUAAAACCAUUUGUAAUUUGUUAUCAGGAGUACACAGUGUGCUUUAUCUUAAUGUCAGGAUGUACCAAAACAGACCUUAUCAUUAUUUCGGAUGCUUUCUCCAGUGGUUUUGAAAUUAAAACUCUUGCCAGGGAGGAAAAAGAA